AUUUUAAUAAAUAACAUCGUUCCACAGGUACAAAAUCACCCUCACCGUAAACAUCCAUAAUGACUUCGCGUCCGUCAGUGCUGUCAUUGUUGCCGUUCAACAUGUUUCACCAGUGAUACAGAUAAAUCCGCUUCCAAGAACUCUGAACGAAGGCACCAGAACAUCGCUAGUGGCUAACGCCAGCAACGUGACGCCGACCUGUUCUUUGACCUGGUAUUUCGCAUCCGAAGAGUAUUUAGAGUCUCAGAAACAUGUCUUGAAUGACACUUGCGAAGAUUGUCAGCAUGGAGUACCUCUCACCGAAACUUUAACAAUCUUCUCCCUCGAAGAGAACUUCCUCUACUAUUUAACCGACUUCUCAAACGAGACCGAAUGGCGGCAGAUCACAGGCGAGAUGCCAGCAGCUGCCGGCCGUGCAAGAUUCGUAGUGGAAUGUGGAUGCACGCAUGUGGAUGACUGUGAGAGUGAAGGGACCGUCUAUGCUGAUGUGUUCUUCAAACUAAAUGGGAUUCCUAAGGCAAAUAAUGUGAUGGUAACGCCUGACACCGGCACAGCACUGGAGACGCUCUUCCGCAUCAGCACCCUAGCCGUGGUGGACGGCGAUACUCCCCUGUACUACACGUUCCGCUGCCGAGUGGGGGUCAACAGCUCGCUGGUGCUGGGGGCGUAUGCUGACCACUUGGCUGUGGAAACUUUCCUGCCUUAUAUGGAACACGGCGUUGAAGUAUGGGUGGAAGUAUGCGAUGUUCUUGGAGCGUGUUCGCAAAGCGCGUCCAAAGUUGUCGAUCUUUUGUCCGGAGAUGCCGCCUCUGUCGACGAGUUGCUUCAAGAUGUGCAUGCGCAUAUUAGGCGGUGCGAACUGUUGCAGUUGCAGAGAGUGAGCGUUGCUGCUAUUGUUACUUAUGAAAACGCAGACGACAACCAAGCAUUAACAAAGUUCUGCACAGAUAUCCUCAACAUAUUGCCUUCGACCCAAGAAGAACAUUGUCUGAAGAUCAAACCGGACCGUUACGAAGCGUUUCUGAUGCAGCUGACUGAAGUGGGUUGUGGCGCAUCACACUUAAUCAAUGUUUAA